GGCGGGCCCGGCGCACACGAUGGCAGCGCCCGCCCGAGUCUUCCCUUUCCGCGAUGCCCGCUGGGCCCCGGACCCGGUGCUGGAGCCGAGCGCGGCCGUGCGGAGCCCGCAGCCGGUGCCGCUGGUGAUCGAUAACGGCUCCUUCCAAACACGGGCGGGCUGGGCCUCCGCCGAGCCCUCCGUGCCCGCCCGGCCCUUGCUGCGGUUCCGCUCUCUGGCCGCUCGCAGCCGCGGGGCCCGCGGCGGGGCCGGCGCCGACACUCAGGUAGGGAACGACCUGGGGAGCCCCGAACCGCUCCGCUGGCUGCUGCGUUCCCCCUUCGACCGCAACGUGCCCGUCCAGCUGGAGCUGCAGGAGCUGCUCCUCGAUCACGUCUUCCAGCGCCUCGGCGUCUCCUCGCAGGGUUGUGUUGAUCAUCCAAUAGUUCUGACAGAAGCAGUGUGCAAUCCUCUCUACUCAAGACAAAUGAUGUCAGAGCUCCUCUUUGAAUGUUACCAAGUGCCAAAAGUAUCCUAUGGUGUAGACAGCUUGUACAGCUUUCACCACAACAGAAGGCAGAACUGGCCCUGCAGUGGUUUGGUGAUAUCUUCAGGUUAUCAGUGUACACACAUUUUGCCAGUUUUAGAAGGCAGGUUGGAUGCUAAAAACUGCAAACGGAUCAACCUUGGGGGGUGCCAGGCAGCCGUGUAUCUGCAGCGCCUCCUGCAGCUGAAGUACCCGGGCCAUUUUGCUGCCAUCACACUCAGUCGCAUGGAAGAAAUCCUGCAUGAGCACAGCUACAUUGCAGAGGACUACAUAGAAGAGCUGCAGAAGUGGCAGUCCCCAGAGUACUAUGAGAACAACAUGCACAAGAUGCAGCUGCCUUUCUCCAACAAGCUGCUGGGCAGCACUCUGACAUCAGAGGAGAAGCAAGAGAGGAGGCAGCAGCAGUUACGUCGACUUCAGGAACUCAACGCACGUCGUCGAGAAGAGAAGCUGCAGCUUGACCAAGAGAGGCUGGACAGGCUACUCUACGUGCAGGAACUUUUAGAAGAUGGUCAAAUGGAUCAGUUCCAUAAAGCUUUGGUGGAGCUGAACAUGGACUCUGCAGAAGAGCUUCAGUCCUACAUCAGCAAGUUGAGUCUGUCUGUUGAACAAACAAAGCAGAAAAUCCUACAGUCAGAAGUCAGUAUUGAAGUAGAUGUUGUGGACAGCAAGCCAGAGACUCCUGAUUUGGAUCCGUUAGGGAGUGAACAGUCACUGGAGGAUGUGGAAAGUAUGAAUGAGUUUGAACCUUUGUUUGCUGAGGAACAGCCUGAAGUUGAGAAGCCUGUUGCUGCAGUGCAGCCUGUGUUUAACCUGGCAGAAUACCACCAGCUUUUCCUUGGAACUGAAAGAAUCAGGGCUCCAGAGAUUAUCUUCCAGCCAUCCCUGAUAGGAGAAGACCAGGCUGGGAUAGCAGAAACUAUGCAAUAUGUCCUUGAGAGGUAUCCAAAGGAACAACAAGCUAUUCUUGUCCAGAAUGUUUUCCUCACUGGUGGAAAUACCAUGUACCCUGGGCUGAAAGCCAGAGUCCAGAAGGAACUCCUUGAAAUGAGACCAUUCCAGUCAUCUUUUCAGGUUCACCUGGCUUCCAGUCCUGUUUUAGAUGCCUGGUAUGGGGCUAGGGAUUGGGCAGUGGAAUACAUGACCCGUGAGGAAGGCUGGAUAACCAGGAAAGACUAUGAAGAAAAAGGAGGAGAAUACCUCAAGGAACACUGUGCUUCAAAUGUCUACGUUCCCAUUCGCCUCCCAAAGCAGGCCCCAAGGACAGCAGAGGCACUGGCACCCAGCAGAGUGACAUCCAGCACAGGCAAUCCUUGUGAGCAGGCAUAGCACUGCCCCUGGGCACAGCCUCGGGUGGAGGUGACAGUUCAGGGAAAAGAGGAGUUACCAGGUGGCAGUGUGAGCUGUCCUGGAGUGCAGGCCACAGCCUGGCCCUGCAGCCUGCCCAGAGCACCAGGCACCUCAUCCAGUUCCUCCAGGGAGGAAGACAAGCCACCCCAGGCUGGCAGCUGGUGUGAUCCCCAGCUGGCAUGGUUGUAGCACAGCAGUGUGUGUCAGCAAGGAGGGACAUGUCAGAAGUGCAUUCCAGAGAAAGAUACCAGCUUGUCAGCUUCCUCAGGGAUUUUUUUGAGAGUAUACGUUUUACAGCUUCUUUAAGUUAAAUUUCAAUGUACUGGUUUUAAACUGCAUUUAUUGCAAGAUCCAGCAGCUGGCCUGUGUCGAGCGAGUCAGCCCAGCAGGUGUCUCCCUGGCUUGUCCCUGUUUGUCAGGACACGUUGGGCAUGGGCUGUCACUGCUGCUGGAGGCCACAGGGCCUGAUCUCUGCCUUUCCUCCUGAGGCCUCCUACACUCAGGUCUCAUUUGAUUUCUUUCCUGCUGCACAUUGUCUGCUAAACCACUGCUUGUUCAGCAAUGGGGUUUCAGGUACUUCUUGACUUCUUUCAUGUCAGUAGUUUUGAUGUCUUGGUUGAAACUGAUCACUUAAAAGACUGUCCAGGUAUAAAACCAGAACCCCCCAGGAAGCACUGUCCAGAAGGACUGCCAGAGCUCCUGCUGUGUGUAAGGGGGUUUAAAAGAGUGGUGGCUCUUGACUGGUGGGACUUUUUUAUCAAAACCUUGAGCAAUAAAGCCAAUUUUUUUUGCUUUA